AUGGCGGUGUCCACCACUCAACGUCGCCAGCUCACGCUUGACGAGAUCGAGCAGGUGCUCGUUUCCGGUGCAACCUCGCGUCGCCAAGGAACAACGCACUAUGUGCUGGAAGUGUAUACUUCUGGCCCCAGCCCACGGGACUUCGACGCUGCAUGCUCAAAGUUCUAUGGCGACGGUCGAACGCCAGCCUACCACGUCGAAAAGAGUCUCGCGGACUUUGACAGCCUUCGUAGGGCGCUUUACAGUGCGUCCCACUUGGCGCACACGUACGCGUCCUGCGAGUUCUGCAAGGAGAUGAUUCUCUACAUUGACAGCGGGGACAAGCGCUUCGGCAGCAGCGUGUUCCGAGUCCUCGUCGGACGAGAUAAGAUCAAGCGGUCACUACAAGAGUUUAUGGACGACGUCUUGGACAUGCUGAAGCACUUUUCCUCCAUCGAGGGUACGCCGUGGUGCUCGGGUCAGGUCCAAAGCCACCAAGUCAUGCGCCAGUUCCUGCUGCCUCGCGCGCCAGACAGCUGA